AUGGCGGUGUGCGCGCGGCUGUGCGGAGUGGGGCCGGCCCGCGGCUGCCGCCGGCGCGGCGCGGCCAGGGAGCAGCGCCGCGGGGCCGCCGACAGCGAGCCCGACACCGACACCGACCCUGAGGAGGCGGGCGGCGGAGGCAGCGUCACGGAGGACGAGGAGGUGGCGGAGCGCAUCGAGGGCGGGCGGCCCCCGCCGCCUCCCGUCGAGGCCGGCCCUGCCGGCCGGGCCCCGCUGUCCCUGCUGGAGCUGCCCCCGGAGCUCCUGGUGCAGAUCUUCGGCUCCCUGCCCGGCACCGACCUGCCCAACCUGGCCCGCGUCUGUAGCACCUUCCGCCGCAUCCUCCGCACCGACACGAUCUGGCGGCGGCGCUGCCGCGAAGAAUAUGGAGUCUGUGAAAACUUGAGGAAAUUGGAGAUCACAGGAGUGUCCUGUCGAGAUGUUUACGCCAAACGUAUAAACCCACGGGUGAAGUCGGGGCGUUUUAUGAAAAUCCUUCCCGACUACGAGCACAUGGAGUACAGAGAUGUUUACACCUGCCUGCUGCACCGGUACCGACACAUCCUGGGAUUGUGGCAGCCGGACAUUGGGCCCUACGGGGGACUGCUGAAUGUGGUGGUAGAUGGUUUGUUCAUUAUUGGAUGGAUGUACUUGCCGCCUCACGACCCUCACGUUGAUGAUCCCAUGAGAUUCAAACCCCUCUUCAGGAUUCACCUCAUGGAGAGGAAAUGUGCAACAGUGGAGUGUAUGUAUGGUCACAAGGGACCUCACAACGGCCACAUCCAGAUUGUAAAGAAGGACGAGUUCUCCACGAAAUGCAACCAGACGGAUCACCACCGGAUGUCAGGGGGAAGGCAGGAGGAAUUCCGGACGUGGCUAAGGGAAGAGUGGGGUCGGACUCUGGAAGACAUCUUCCAUGAACACAUGCAAGAGCUCAUCUUGAUGAAGUUCAUCUACACCAGCCAAUAUGACAACUGCUUGACCUACCGGCGCAUCUACCUCCCCCCCAGCAGCCCCGACGACCUCAUCAGGCCAGGGCUCUUCAAAGGCACCUAUGGGAGCCACGGGCUGGAGAUCGUCAUGCUGAGCUUUCAUGGGAAGAAAGCCAAGGGGACUAAAAUCACUGGAGAUCCCAACAUCCCAGCUGGACAGCAGACUGUGGAGAUCGACCUGGCACACCCCCUGCAGCUGCCCGACAUCGAGAACCUGCACGACUUCAGCGAGCUGUCCCGCAUUGUCCUGGAGGUCCAGGAGCAGGUGCGGCGUGAGGAGCAGGAGCAGGAGCAGCGGCAGGAGGAAGAGGAGUGUUCCCAGCAGGCUUCCUCCCAGCCUGCUGCCAAUCCCCUGGGAGGAGAAGGUGCUGAGGGGGAAGAGACUGCAGCUGGUGCAGAGGGGACAACACAGAACAAGGCACCAGCUUCCCAGCCCUUCGUGCUGCCCAUGGGAGUCAUAUCGAGGAAUGAGGACUAUCCCCGGACCUGCCGAAUUUGCUUUUACGGGACGGGGCUCAUCGCCGGCCACGGCUUCACCAGCCCCGAGCGGACGCCGGGCGUGUUCGUGCUCUUCGACGACGACCGCUUUGGGUUCAUCUGGCUGGAGCUGAAAUCCUUCAGCCUCUACAGCAGGAUCAAGGUCUCCUUCCAGAACGCAGAAGCGCCUUCCCGUGAGGCCUUCGAUGAAAUGCUCAAGAACAUUCAGUCCCUGGCAACUUGACGGGCGGUUUGUGACGGACAGGGCUCGGGGUUGCAAAGGCUGCUGCGCUCCCCCAGCCGGGGCUGGGGGGGAUUCCUAGCUCUCGGUACCUCUGGAUAAAAGCAUGCACUUUUAAUAAAGCCUUUUUACCCCAAAUGUACACACCCCAGUUAAAAUAUCCAUGACUGCCCUUUCCUCCCUGCCACUCCACGCUGCUUCCCAGCAGUCCUUGUUACCCAGUCUGUGGCAUAGCUUUGUAGAGCUGAAGGGAUCCUGCAGAGGAGGAAAAAAGACAUUUCUUAUUGCAGAAAAAGAAUGUAUUGGGACAAAAAUAAUGCCAGAUCAGAGGGACAGGCAGUGUCAAAGCAUGUCCUCCUCUCUAGAGAAACCUUUCUCUGGGUGCAGCAUUGCCAGGAGAGGCUGGUGUGAUACCUUCAUCCUUGGCUUGGGAAUUGGAGUGUGUGGUUUCCUUUGGAGAAGUACCCUCAGCUUGGCAGCAAGGGGAGGAUUCCCACUGCAAAUGAGUGUAUGUAGCAGUAUCCUGGCUUCUGGAGCUUGAUGGAUGUGCUGUCCCUGGGGCUCCAGGUCCGUGUGUCUCACUGAGCAUAGAGGAAAUGGUUCUUUUUUCUUGCAGGAGCUGGGUGUGGGACUGGAAAUGGGUGUAAACUGCAGGAGCUGAUGUGUCCCAACUGCCUUGUACCUGAAAGAUUCACCUCAGAUCUUGUAAAAGGGGGUCUGAAAAUGUAAAGGAAGGAGCAAAAAGAAAACCAACUGUGAGAUAAGGGCAGCUGGAGCCUGCUGGCUCUGGUCUGUGAUGGGCAGCAGAAGGUGCCACGUGUCACUGUCACUGG